AUGUCGGAGCAGAUUCCACGCAAGGGCAGCCGCGGCCGCCCGCGCGAGCUCAGCGAGGUAUCGGGCAAGUCGGCGUUUGAGCCGAGUCGCAGCAUGGCUACGCUUGGCUCGCACCGCAACCGCAGCAUGCCGUCGAUCCGCCCCGACCGUGCGCUGUUCGGGAUGCGCGCAUUUGCUGCAGCGCACUUUGCUGCCCAGAAGCGCGGCUUCCUGCGCCGCAAGGUGCCGGUGGAGGAGCUGAUUUCAUACAGCGCCGAGCCGCUGGCGCGCCCGCUGAUGAACCUUCCGCGCGAGCUGAACCGCGACGCCGCGCGCAGCUUCGCCAUCAUCCAGUGCUUCAUGCGCGAUCUCGAGGGUGCCAUGUCCGACACCGAUCUGUUCUCUGAGGUGCUGUGGCUGGCGAACCAGGGCAUCCGCCACCAGCUGCUGCGCGACGAGGUCUUCUGCCAGCUGGCAAAGCAGGUCACUGGCCAUCCGAGCCACGAUUCCGCCGAGCGCGGCUGGGUGCUGAUGGGCGUGCUGUUCUAUGCCUUCCGCCCGUCGCAGCUGCUGUUCCCGCACCUCGAGGUCUUUGUGGAGUCGGCGCAGCUGGAGUCGGCGAACCUCAAGCGCUUUCUGCUGUUGCAGCUGGGCCGCAUCAAGCGCACUGGCAGCCGCACCACGCCGAUGACGAAGGAGGAGCUGCGCCUGGCGCUGCUCGUGCCGCGCCGCCCCCUGGUGUUUGGCGGGUCGCUGAAGGAGAUCAUGCAGAACCCCGAGCUGGUCAAUGCUGAGGGCCGCCUGCCCCGCGUCCUGGAGCUGCUGACCGCCCAGAUCACACGUCUAGGUGGCGAGCGCACCGAGGGCCUGUUCCGCGUGCCCGGCGAUGCCGAUGCCGUGGCUAUGGCGCGCCUCAUGAUCGAGGCUGGCCAGCAGACCGACUUUCCGAAUCUCCGCGAUCCUAAUGUGCCCGCGUCGCUGCUGAAGGAGUGGCUGCGAGACCUGGCUGACCCACUGAUCCCCGAGGUGCUCUAUGACCAGUGUAUUGCGCGCUCUGGCGACCGCAAGGCGUCCCUGGAGAUCCUGAGCGCCCUGCCCGAGGAGUCGUAUUGCGUCGUGGACUUUUUGCUGCGCUUUUUGAAACAUCUGCUGGAUCCCGAGAUCGAAAAGUUGACCAAGAUGGACAGCAGCAAUCUGGCCCUCGUGUUUGGGCCCUCGUUCCUCAGGAACCCCGUCAGCGACCUUAAAGACGUGUUUGCGAAUUCAUCCGCCGAGCAGACAUUCUUGCUGACACUGCUCGAGUCGUUCCAGGGAUGA